AUGGCUUACAAAUCUGGAUCAAUCCUUGCUUUCCUAUUCAUCCUCAAUGUUCUGCUCUCCUUAUCAGGUCAUGCACUUGCAGGACGUGACAUUCCAAUGAAUGACUCCAAGAACACAGACAAGAAACAACCCGAGUCAUUUUUUGAUGGCAGUGUGCUCAUUCCGGGCUUUGGCCGCGUCAUGGUCCCAAGCAUAGGGUCACCUUUCAAUCCAUUCACAUACAAUCCCGUCACAGGCACCAAUGGGGGAACCGGUGCCACCAUCCCUGGCUUUGGCAGCAUUCCAUCCACCGGCGGGACCAGCGGUGGCAGCUAUGUUCCCGGUGGUGACGACACCUUUCCCACAAACCCUGGGUUCGAGGUCCCGAUCCCGGGGAGUGGUAGCGGUAUUCCUGCACCACCUGUUGUUGAUAAGGACAAAAUGCCCGUAACAUCUCUCUCUCUCCCUCAAGUUCUUCACUCACCGCCAAGAAGUCAUCCAACUCUCCACGACCAAACUAUAAGAAGAGCUCUUCUCUUCCCAUUUUCUCCAUCACUAAGCUCUCUCUCUCAGAAGAAGAAGAAGAAGAAGAAAAUGGCUUACAAAUCUGGAUCAAUCCUUGCUUUCCUAUUCAUCCUCAAUGUUCUGCUCUCCUUAUCAGGUCAUGCACUUGCAGGACGUGACAUUCCAAUGAAUGACUCCAAGAACACAGACAAGAAACAACCCGAGUCAUUUUUUGAUGGCAGUGUGCUCAUUCCGGGCUUUGGCCGCGUCAUGGUCCCAAGCAUAGGGUCACCUUUCAAUCCAUUCACAUACAAUCCCGUCACAGGCACCAAUGGGGGAACCGGUGCCACCAUCCCUGGCUUUGGCAGCAUUCCAUCCACCGGCGGGACCAGCGGUGGCAGCUAUGUUCCCGGUGGUGACGACACCUUUCCCACAAACCCUGGGUUCGAGGUCCCGAUCCCGGGGAGUGGUAGCGGUAUUCCUGCACCACCUGGUCCUUGA